AUGCGCGCGCGCAGGUCCGGCAACACGGAGCGCAUCGCCGGCUACAUCAGCGACCAGACGGGCGCGUCCCCCGAGGGCGUGGCGGGCGUCACGGCCGCGGACCUCGAGGCCUGCGACUCCAUCAUCGUCGGCGCGCCGACGUGGAACACGGGCGCGGACGACAUGCGCUCGGGCACGGACAUCGACUCGUGGCUCUACGACGUGCUGCCCUCCGCGGACCUCAAGGGCAAGAAGGUGGCCCUCUUCGGCUGCGGCGACCAGGCGGGCUACAGCGGCAACUUCUGCGACUCCGUCGGCGAGCUCUACGACUGCUUCACGGCCCGCGGCGCGACGGUCGUCGGCUUCACGUCGCAGGACGACUACGAGCACUACGAGUCCAAGGCCGUCCGCGACGACAUGUUCUGCGGGCUGCUCUGCGACGAGCAGAACCAGAUGGACAUGUCCGAGCAGCGCGUCGCCGACUGGGUCGAACAGCUCAAGGGCGAGGGCCUCGCGCUCUAG